CGAGAGGCUGGUAUCAGGAAGUUGGCUUGUAAUGUACUAUUUUGAUUGAGUCCGUCGCUGUUCAGCUGUACAGUUUACAAGUUCAAAAUGGGGCUUUUUGGAAAAACACAAGAGAAACCACCAAAGGACCUCAUCAAUGAAUGGUCUCUCAAAAUCAGAAAAGAGAUGAGGGUCAUUGACAGACAGAUCCGAGAUAUUCAAAGAGAAGAGGAAAAGGUGAAGAGAUCCAUCAAAGAUGCUGCAAAGAAGGGACAGAAAGAUGUUUGCAUCAUCCUAGCAAAAGAAAUGAUUCAGUCAAAGAGAGCUAUCAACAAGCUCUACGCCUCGAAAGCCCAAAUGAACUCUGUGCUGCUCAGUAUGAAGAACCAGUUGUCUGUUUUAAGAGUGGCUGGUGCCUUGCAGAAGAGCACAGAGGUCAUGAAAGCCAUGCAGAGCUUGGUUAAAAUCCCAGAGAUUCAAGCCACCAUGAGAGAUCUCUCGAAAGAAAUGAUGAAGGCUGGCAUCAUAGAGGAGAUGCUGGAGGACACGCUGGAAGGGAUGGAUGAUGAGGAGGAGAUGGAGGAAGCAGCAGAGGCCGAGGUCGACAAGAUCCUCUUCGAGAUUACAGCCGGUGCACUUGGAAAAGCUCCCAGCAAAGUCACAGACCUGCCUGAUCCAGUGCCGAUUGGAGCCACUGCAGCUCCAGAAGAGGAAUCAGAGGAAGAAGAAGAGAUCGAGGAGAUGCAGUCCAGACUAGCAGCGCUGAGAAGCUAAAACACACAUCUUUCUUACCUUCAAGCUCCAUAUAGGCAUAGACUACAUAUCUCACCUCCUAUGUAGCUUUUUUACUCGUAUUACAGUCAGCACAUUAAUUUAGGACUUCACAUAACAUGAACAAAGAAAGAGAUAUAGAAUAUAAU